GUGCGCGUCCCUGCAUCAGUUCGUCGGGUUCUCAUCAUCAUCGUCUCAUCUCCUACCAUCUCUGUCCUCAGCUGUUCCCGCCAUUGAUGGGUUCUGCAACUCUCCACUCCUCAAGGAUCAUACUUCCCCAAAGAAGACCCAAUGGCUUCCCUCCUCCUAAUUUCUCCGCCAACGCUUCUCUUCUCCCAAUUGGCACCCGCAACCCUUCCCUUUCUUUAGCUUUUCUCUCUCGGUUUUCUCCUGGAAAGUCUCCCAAUCCCUUCUCCCCUGUAUACUCUCUGCCUCCAUUGAACCCCCACAGCAGCGAAGAACAAGACGAAGAAGAAGAAAUUCAAGGCCUUCGGGUUCCCGACAGCUGGUCGGUCCCCUCCAAGGCUCUAGAGGAAUCUGAGUGGCUGAGACUUUCUCUGCACAAAUGGUUGGACGAUGAGUACUGCCCCGAGGAAACCAAUGUAGAGGUCAGCAAGGUCGCAGCGACCUCGUACUACAAGUCGUUGCUGGAGAAACGAACCGACUUGGGGGAGAUCUUGCUGAAGAUGGCCAAAGAGUUGGAGUCCAUCUCCUAUCAGGACAGUUUUCAUGGAGCGUUCUCAUCUGCAAACGCAGCAGUCGAUCUAAUCGCUAGACGAAUCGAGCAGGUCUAAGGUUUGGACUCAUAACUCUUGUGAAAAUUGCUGAAGCUAUCAGAACAGCCUGCUUGAGUGCAUGAUAAAUGAUGUAAAAGAAUUCUCGAGGCUCUCUGAUCUUAAUAAGAGAGCACUGAAUUAACAUUUUAACUUUAUAAGACGAAUCGUUAUCA